AUGGAAGCCGUUGCGGAGCAUGACUUCACGGCAACAGCUGAGGAUGAAUUAAGCUUUCGAAAAUCACAAAUUCUUAAAGUGUUGAAUAAAGAUGAAGAUCCGCACUGGUAUAAGGCUGAAUUGGAUGGACAAGAGGGUUUUGUGCCAAGUAAUUACAUCAAAAUGAGCGAACACGACUGGUAUUUGGGCAAAAUAAGUCGUGCUGAUGCGGAAGCAUUAUUGCUGAGGCCCGGUAACGGAGAUGGUGCGUUUUUAGUGAGACAGUCAGAAAGCUCGCCGGGCGAUUUUAGUAUUUCAGUGAGGUUUCAAAAUGCGGUACAACAUUUCAAGGUGCUUCGUGAUAACAAUGGCAAAUAUUAUCUGUGGUUCGUAAAAUUCAACAGUCUCAACGAACUUAUCAAUUACCACAGAAGUGCAUCAGUAUCAAGAUCACAUACAAUUUUAUUGCAAAAUAUGGACAGUGCAACCACACAGCAAACGACACUCGUCCAAGCCAUGUUCGAUUUUACGCCAAUGGAAGAUGGUGAACUGGCAUUCAAGCGUGGUGAAAUUAUCACAGUGACAAAUCGAGAUGAUGAUAAUUGGUGGGAAGGUACGUUGAAUAACAGAACGGGUAUGUUUCCAGCCACAUACGUAUGCCCAUUCAAUAAUAGUGCUCAUUGA